CAUAAAUAUAACCCGCCUCUUAAAAAACCCUACCCCCAUUAUCGUCUCUUAAACAAGGGAAAAGGGUCAAAAAUCAAAUUCCACCAUCUUUCUGCUAAUGCCAAGAAAUCCAAUCGAAGUGGGUGCUGCUGAAACUCCAUACCCCCACCAUCUUUCACCAUUCAAUUCUAAAAAAAUGAGCUAAGGAUCUUCGAGUUCAUCAUAUGGUUCGAGGAGGAAAUGCUGUUCUGGAGUUGCUGCUAGCCAAUUCACUGCUUGGACUCCAAAUAAUGCCGGCAGACGAUUUAACAAGUGUUCAAUGCCUAAGGGACAGAAAUGUAAGUUUUGGGAAUGGGUAGACGAUGAACUUCCUCUUAGAGUUACAACACUGAUCAGCAACUUAAAGAAUGAAAAUGAAGCUCUUAGACGAGAAAGGAAUCUUCUCCUGAUGAAGGUUGUCGAGAUUGAAAGCGUCUUAGCAGCGGAUGUUGCAAAAAUUGAAGAUUUCAAGGAAUUAGAUAAUGUUAAAGGAGACAAUGAUGUUUCUAAGGAAAAAAUUGAUGGAGGUUUAGUGUUUGUGAAGAAAAGUAGUCCGAAAAAAUGGAAUAUCAUUGGUAUGGUAUGGUGUUGCUUAGUUGGGUUUAUGUGUGCUUGGAUGAUGAAAUAGCUAACUUAAGCUCAACCAAAGUUUAGGUGUAUUUGACAUAUUUAAGUGAUUAUGUAACCGAUGUUCAAACAAGGUUUAUGUAUAAUUGACAUGAUUAAGGUUUAAUUUAUGUUUUAUGUUUUGGAAUGAAGUUUUAUGUUUUGGAAUGAAGUUUAAGUUAUUUCAUUUCAAUGGUUUAG